AUGUUGGCGCGGAUUGGGCCGGGCAGGGGGUGGCAGCAGAGAAGCGAGGCAUUGGUGCUUUGUUAUGCCGGCUUGCUUGUUGGGCUGGGCCAGGAAAAGAAGCGUGGUGGCCUCAUGAAGAGGGAGAACGAAGCAGGCCGCCUGGGCCGAGGGGAGAAGGGAGAGAGCGAGAAGAAGCUCGGGAAGGUGAUCGUGCCUGACAAGUGGAAGGAGGGCGCCAGCAACACCAACGAGAGCGGCGGCCGCAAGAUCAACGAGAACAAGCUCCUCUCCAAGAAGAACAGGUGGACUCCAUAUGGAAACACCAAAUGUAUAAUCUGCAAGCAACAGGUGCACCAGGACGCAAAAUAUUGCCACACCUGUGCUUACUCGAAAGGAGUGUGCGCAAUGUGUGGGAAGCAAGUGUUGGACACGAAGCUCUACAAGCAAAGCAAUGUGUGA